CCCGCCCGACGCGGGCCGGCGGGCGCGCCGCGCGGGCCGCGGCGUCCGGAGCGACAUUCGCCGGCUUCCCGGCCGCCGCCGUUACGGUCGCAAAGGGGUGGAACCGGUAAAUGUCCGUGGGAAUCUUGGGAUUUUGGAAUCAUUUCAAAUUGGACACUUUCCUUUGGAAUUUCUUGGGAAUUGGGGGUAUUUUAAUUUGAUAUUCCAUCGAGCAUAUCGUGAAAUUCGCGGCCCCGCGCCCAAACUCUCUUCCCUCGCCCGUCAUUUCAUAGAGAUCGUUCAAGCGUGAAUGUAAACGGUUUGUUUUGUCACAAGCGGAUCUCUGCAAAGUAGCUAGCUCGCCUUGCCCACGUGCCAGGGCAUCAGUACCAUUUAACUCCAUGACCGCCAGAUGUUCUCAAAGCAGCUGCCCAUAUUGCCGGCCGUUCUCGAGCAUUUCCACCGAUCUGCGAAGACGCGCAGAAUAUCGUUUCCUGUCACGAUACCAGCGCCCGAUCUACCGAAAGGAAGCGUCGAGUCAUCGGGGGGAAAAAAAAGGUGGUUUCUAGCUUUUUCGGUUCUUUACUGAGCAACAGAAGACAACUUCACAGGUCGGUCGGUGUUUCUCUGUCGCAGUCUCGGUGGCGAGACUCCGCCCCUUCUCGGCUCUGCUCGCCACGCAGACCGCAACCCGCGCUCCGGCGCUCCGGUUUCAGGAACACAUUUGCUCCCAAAGUCGUCUUUCAGCGAAGCGCGACAAAUAAUACUUGAACUAGUGAGGCAAUUUGAAAAGGACAUUUGUUUUGCAGAUAUUCAAGUCAGAAUCGCGACGUUGACCGACUCGGCGCGUGGCUCCACUAGAACGCGGUUGGCGUUCGUCGUUCGGCACGGCCUCGCUAACGACUUCCCGCGCGAUGCCCUCUUGUCUCGCUCGUCAUCGCCGGCCGACCUUUCUCUUGGAAAGCGACGCCGUCUACGGGCUUCUGUCGGUCGUUGCGGCCGAGACGCCUCCGGCGGGCAGCCAGUUAAGAGGCGAGCUUCAAGUCAGUCGAUGAUUUCCAUCGAGUGCCGCGAAAGAAUUCCCGGGCAAAGUUUUGCGCUUUGAGGAUCCGGUGAUUUGGCGCCCGUGCCCUUUUGACAGGAAGUCAGCCACGAAGGUUUCCCGGCGACGACAGGAAGUCGCCCAACCCUCAACCCGCGGAAGGUCCGGCCUUCAAAUCCGCCCCGACGUCUGUGCGCUAGUGCGCUUUGUAAGACCAUCCAGCCAAGCUAGUACGACGACUAGGACACCCUGCUAGACGAGUAUGAGUGUGUUGUUUGUCGUUUUCCACCACGAGAGCCACAAAUACACAGUGGCUCUACUAGUGCUGAAUUGUAACGAUAAUAAGGGCUUAGGGCUUCUCUGGUGCUUUUUAAGGCACUCAAAGACGCUUUCCACUUGCUUCGACUCCACAUCGCCGCCUGGCGGUGCUAAGGUACUCGCGUCACCGCCGUCUGACGGACCAGGAAGGACAAAGAGCCUACUAGUGCAUCUACCUGAAGCAUAUUGAAUGCAUUUAUUCAAUAUCCCCUUAAGGCCUGUGUACUAGUACACUCUUUGUCUAGUAAUGUUUUUCAACCACUAGAGCUACUAAGAUACAGUUCUACUAGUGCACUAAAUUGUCUAAAUAAUGAGGACAAGGACCAUACUCCUAGUACAUGGACCUGAAACUAGAUAUUUCAAUAUCGAGGAUAUCAAAUACAUUUAUAUGAUAUCCAGCUUCGGGUACUCGUAUCCUCUUUGUCCUCACUAGUAAGACAAUUUCAGUGCACUAGUAGAACAACUGUUGGUAAUACGAUUCACUGACGUGUAUGACCAAUAAGGAGAAAGAGUCUACUAGUAUAUGGACCGUAAGAUGGAUAUCAACGACAUCGAAUAAAUGCUCAGACAGGUUGCUUAAGCGCACUAGUAUAGGACAACUUUGACAAUCUACUACGACGACGAUGUUACUAGUGAGGCCAAACUAGUAGGAAGGGAACCCUUUUCAAAUCGUCUAAAAUUGGCAAAUUAUUUUGCCGAUUUAUUUUAUUUUAUUUAUUUAUUAUUAUUUUUUUUUUUACACAUGAACCCAUUUCGACAUACGACAAAGAUAAUUGACAUUCAAACAUUUUUCGCUCACGUUCAGCAGUUAUAUACCGUGUAUUUUAUCUUUUUUCAAUUCAAUUUGGUCGAUUAAUCAGUUACCGGAAUUUUAUUCUGACAAAUAUUGGAAUCAGCCUCACAAAAUCUCGGCUCCUAACUGGUAGGGUUACUAGUGCAGCACAGUAGUUUACUCCUGAGGUUUUAUUAUAUACACGAGUAAGUCACGAGUAGUAGUAGUAGUAAUGGAAAUAACAAUACUAGUGCGUUGAAUUGUCCUUGCUCGUGAGCGCACUGGUACAUGGAGCUGAAGCUGAACUAGAUGCCGGGCGGGCUUUGUCUACUUCCCGCUUUGCUGCGCAACCUGGGGCGGGAUCGAACCCGCAACCUUUUCUUUUUGCCUGCUGAUAACGCGGUUCGUCACCGUUUGCCCCGCCCCUUUUGCGACCGUCACGACAGCAGCCGAAAUAGCCGAACGGAGUUGUUUCGAGCUAUCGCGUACUCGCGAAGGCUGCCGUCGAUGUGGCGUCCGAUAAACCCUCCUCAUUUCCUUCGUUGAAAUUUGCCGUGUCCAAAGUACGUGCGGUCGGUAUCGGCGAGUACCGAUAUCGAACAACCCUCGACGAUUGGGCGCUGAUCAAGUCACUUUUGAAUCCACCAACGAGCGAGCGAAAUUGUUCAGGAAGCUCCUCCCCCUCUGAAUGUACGCGUGCUGGCCUUCGCCGAGUCACUUCCUGUUCGUCACGCGCGAAGAAUUGAAAAUGUUAGGGAUGACGGCUUACUUUGUGGGUUUCGCCGGGUUUUUGGUUCCUUUUGUCUCUUUGAGAUUUAAAAAAACCCAAAAAGGUUUUCCCAGCUGAGGGAGCGGUCGCCGUUGGUCCCGUCGGGGGCGGCUUCCUUUUUGGACAGGAAGUGCGGGUUUUCACCCGCUUCCGCGUUUGAGCUGGAGCAAUUUCCAAAAGGUCAAAGUCAGCCUCGCUGACAACCGAAUCACCAUCGAGUCCUCCGAGUUGAUUUUAGCCAACCGAACGCACGCGCCUGCGUGUCCUUGCACGUUAGCUUUAUGCAAUCAAUCACGCAGUCACAAUGCAGUUGCACACUCUGCCAGUGGGGGAGCUGUUGAGGGAUAAGAUAAAGGCCAUAUUUCCUAAUUCUUUCUAACUCCCCCACCAUGAGCUAAAGGCCAUAUUUCCUAUUUUGUCACAUUUUUGCAAAGGUUUGCUCGAAUGUUCUUGAUGCUGUCGGGCUCCUGCUUUUAGGCUGAACUGUGUGCGUGUGCACGCACGUGUGUUGUAAUAAUUGUAAUAAUUUGUAAUAAGCAGGGACGUGUUUGUACAUAUGAAUGUUUGCAAAGCAGCUAACAGAGAUUUAUAAACUGUUACUUCAUUCUUUUUUUUGCAGAAAAUAAACCUGAUGUGAACUCGUCACGUUUCCUCAUUGAGGGGGAAGAAACCGCACCGCUACUUCAAAAUAAAAGUAACGGUGCGGCUACCUCGAAAGGAAAGCAGCAGUCCCGCGACUUCAAAAUAAAAGCGUCGGUAGUUUCUUAAGACUCGGAGUUUUUUGUGCCACGUGUAAUAAAGCAGAGGUGUCAAAGUCAAAUUCCCGGUGGGCCAAAAUUUGAAAUUGGGACAACGUCGCAGGCCAAACUCAAUAUUGAAUGACAAAUCACUGCGAUGUGCGCGUUUCCCUUCUCUGCAGAAAUGUAGCGUUAAACGUUGAUCAUAUGACACCAAACUUACAUUUGGCUUAAACACUGAAUCUGGAAUAAACAAACGAUAAUAUUCUAAACACGAGGAAUCUAAUUUCCGAUACAAGACGUCAGUGGUAUUUGUUGUUUUGCAUCGAAAUAGAUAAGGUGAAUUCUUCUGUCUCUCCAUCUUCUAUUUAUCGCUCGCUCCGACUGCCUUUCUUUUUGUUGGAAAUCUUUUUUCAAACGAAUAAGAAUGUCCUUCAAUAAAAAUCCAAACUUCAAACUAUUAACAGUCCCUGCCUAGGAGUUGGAUUGAUAAAGGGCAUUUGGAAAACAUGAAUUCAAUGAUGUUCUAUUCUUUGCGCCGCGCACGACAAACCGGUCUGUCUUUGACUUUGGUCGACAGACGAUCUGCCUCCCGGCUGUCUUGGAAGCGAACCCUUUUCCAUCUUGCGUUUGGCCAUUUUCGGGAAGGGGAAGUGCACGUUUGCUCGAGGAGACCGGUAGCGUAGUCGCUAACGACCGCAACAGAAAGGGAAGGGGCGCUCGCCGGUCGAGACCGAUGGGCCGACACGCUAGCAAAGCAUUCUGGGAUUUGGAAUAUUAGUGGCGCGUGUGCUAUAGGCCGGCGGGCCAGCUCCAACGCACAUCCGAUAUGGUCUUGUGUAAUAUAAUUACGUCGUGGGCGCUCGAACGGCCGGAGUUUCCCAAAGGAACACGCUCGGAGUACCCGUAAAGUGUCGGCCAUUUUGCGGCGCUGUCGGGAUGUGCGGCGAGUCGAGGUCUUCUUCAUUUUGGUAAGUCCUGAAAAAAGGACUUGCCGAAGUCAGAGGACUCCAAAAAGGGUGGGUACUCUGAACUGGUGUUUGGCGCAUAGGCGCGAACAACAGUCGGGACCCGUCCCCCCGCCCGAAGGCGGAGGGAGGCUACACUCUCGUCCACCGGGGUGAACCCCGACGUACGGGCGCCGAGCCGGGGGGGCAAGAAGUAUACCCGCGCCUGCACGGCGCCUCUCACCGCGGGCGACUCCAGAGUGGAAGAGAGUCCAACCCCUCUCGAGAGGACCGGUACCAGAGCCCGAGCCGUGCGUGGAGGCGAGUCUACAGUGUAGCGGAGAGUCUAGUGGAGACUAUAUCCAGUCGGAACUUCUCGACCUCUCACACCAGCUCGGGCUCCUUCGCCGCCAGAGAGGUGACGUUCCACGUCCCUGGAGCCACCUUCUGUAGCCGGGGAUCGGAUCGCCGAGGUCCCCGCCUUCGGCCGCCGCCCGGCUCGCGCUGCACCCGACCCCUGUGGCCCCUCCCACAGGCGGUGAGCCCACGGGAAGGGGGACCCGCGUUACCCUGUCGGGCUGUGCCCGGCCGGGUCCCACGGGUGCAGGCCCGGCCGCUGCGCGCUCGCCUUCGAGCCCCGCCUCCAGGGGAAAAGCUCACUGCCUUGGUGAAAACCCCCCAAAAUAUGUUGUCUUAAUAAUCGGAGCCAAUUUCUCUUCCAGUUGACUCACUAACUGGCCGUGAUGAUCAUGUCAGAUUAACGUCAAAUAGAAAUCAAUAUUGUGGCGUUUCCGGUGAAAAUAUCGCUGACGUUUUACAACUCGUCAAAUGCGUUGAGGGGAAUCACGCUGGGUGACAAUAUGGCGCCCUCUCCUCACACCGUCUUCGGCUUUUGAGUGACGCUGUGUUGUUUUAUUUUGAAAUGCGGGAGCGGAAGUGGCGGUAACAGCGCCGCCGCCUUGCCGACCUGGUGCCACAUCAAACAUGGACGUCCCGUGCGAGCCAACGAGAGCGGCAUGACCGUCGCCGUCUUGUGCCGGACGAAGCAGCGAACACGAGCAGCCCAGACUUCCUGUCGUGUGACGCCACGAGCAGCGAGCAGAGCAGAGGCGGGCACGCGGGCGGCAUGACGGAGGACAAAUGCCCGCAGCUCGUGGACUACUUCGUGGUAGCGGGUCUGGACCCCGCCGGGCCCUGGCGACCCCUGGACGACGACGCCAGGACCGUCGGCGCGCCGGGCCGGGGGACGGAGCCCGUGACGGACCUGGCGGUGAUCGCCCGCGGCCUGGGCGAGGAAGUGCCCCAAGGGUUCACGUGCAUCGACAAGUCGCUGGGCGGCCACUCGGCCGAGCUGAGCGCCGGACUUAUCAACAACCCGCGCCUCUACCUCUGCUACCGGAGGGGCCGCGACAAGCCGCCCCUUCUCGACCUCGGGGUGUUGUACGAGGGCAAGGAGCGGCCCAAGGCCGGCUGGUACGUGAUCGAGACCACGCCCUACAGCCGCUCGGCCAGCCUGAGCUCCGGCGCCGGCCCGACGUCGCACCGCGUCUUCCUGACGUACCGGCGAGCUCCGGACGCGCAGGGCCUGCGCUCGCUGGGCGUGACCGACAUCGGCGUGCUGCUGCCCGGCAAGGGCGAGGCGGCGCCGCACACCUUCAGCCGCGUCGACAAGAACCUCAACACGGGCAUGUGGGGUCCCGCCGUGUUCGUGUGCUACAAGCGAGCGGUGGCCAAAGCCAACGCGCUGGUAUACGAAGCCGGUCUUCUGAGCCGCUACCCCGCGGACGACCGGGACGCCUUCGCGCUGCCCGAGUCGGUGCCCGUCUUCUGCCUGCCCAUGGGCGUGGCUCUGGAGAGCUGGCCCAUCGACGCCAAGUACCAGCUGCCCGUCUUCUCCACCUUCGUGCUCACCUCGGCCAGCGGGGACAAGGUGUACGGCGCCGCCAUCCAGUUCCACGAGGCGUUCCCCAGGGAGGUUCUGUCGGAGCGCCAGAGCUUGCGUCUGGGCCUGCUGAGCGUGGUGGACCGCCGGCCCGUCCCGGAGCGCAGCCUGCAGGCCAAAAAGAGCAUCUGCGUGCUCUCGCACUGGCCCUUCUUCCACGUCUUCCAGAAGUUUCUCACCUUCAUCUACCGAUACUCCGUCUCUGGACCACACGUGCUGCCGCUCGAGAAGCACAUCUCCAGCUUCAUGCACAACGUUCCCUUCCCGUCUCCCCGGCGACCUCGCAUCCUGGUUCAGCUUUCUCCGAACGACAACCUUCUUCUGUGCCAGCCCGUGUCCUCCCCGCUGCCGCUCAGCGGCGCCAGCUUCCUGAAGCUCCUCCAGAACUUGGGUCCGGGGAACGCGUGCGCGCUGCUGCUGGCCGUGCUGACGGAGCAAAAGGUUCUGCUGCACUCGCUGCGUCUCGACGUCCUGACGGCGGUCAGCGAGGCGCUCGUCUCCAUGACGUUCCCGCUGCGCUGGCUGUGCCCGUACAUCCCGCUGUGCCCGCUCCAGAUGGCCGAAGUGCUGCUGGCGCCCGUGCCCUUCAUCGUGGGCGUGCACUCCAGCUACUUCGACUCGUACGACCCCCCCGCCGAGGUGGUCUGCGUGGACCUGGACACCAACGCCGUCUUCCAGUCGGACGACAAGAAGCCGUUGUCGUGGCGAUCGUUACCCCGGAAACCCGGCAAGACUCUUUUCAACGCGCUGAGCGACAUGCACAAGACGCUGGAGCAGAUUUGCUCUCCGGGCCAGGAGGAGGCGACGCUGGAGUUCCUGCUGACGGACUUCGACCAGAUGUACCGGCGCCAGAAACAGCUGGAGCUCGACAUCCAGGAAGCCUUCCUGCGCUUCAUGAGCUGUCUGCUGCGAGGGUACCGCGCCUUCCUGCUGCCCAUCACGCAGGCGCCCUCCGACACCACCACCGACUGCAGCUCCCUCUUCAACCUGCAAGGCUUCCUGAAGUCUCGCGAGCGCACUCAGCAGAAGUUCUUCGGGCAGCUGACGCGCACGCAGAUGUUCACGCAGUUCAUCGAGGAGUGCUCGUUCGUCAGCGACCGCCACGCCUGCCUGGAGUUCUUCGACGAUUGCGUCCAAAAGGUGGACGUGGAGAAGCCGGAGGACGUCCGUCUGGUGGACGUGGACGAGAGCCACUGCGGCGAGCGCACCGUCUUCAUCAUGCCGCCCGAGCAGCCCACCCGAGACGACGGCUCCGAGUGCCCCGCCCGCUACAGCUACGACACGUUUCCGGCCUUGAGGGCGGAGCUCUUCGACCGCCCGCUCGACCGACUGCGCGUCCCCGCCAAGGGCGGAGCGCCCGGUAGCCCCGCCCCCAGGCGCACCAAACAGGAGCUGAAGGUGGCGCAGCGGCGGGCGCAGAAGUGCUGCGGCUCGGCCGACAUGUGGUGCAAGUGCCUGCUGGGUCACGUGUACGGCUUGUGGUUCAUCUACCUGCCCACCUUCGUGCGGGCGCAGAGCGCCAAGGUGCCCGCCCUCCACGCCGCCUACGACGUCCUCAAGCACAUGGAGAGCCGGAAGGUUCUGCUGCCUGACGAGGUGUGUUACAGGAUCCUGAUGCAAUUGUGCGGGCAGUACGGUCAGCCCGUGCUUGCCGUGCGGGUCCUUCUGGAGAUGAAGAAGGCGGGCAUCACGCCCAACACCAUCACGUACGGCUACUACAACAAGGCGGUGCUGGAGAGCAAAUGGCCGUCGACCAAUCGGGGCGGGCGCUUGCUUUGGGCCAAGCUGAGGAACGCGGUGCUGGCCGUCGCCCUCUUCAGGCGGCCCCUCAAACUGCGCCGCGACGGCCGAGCCGUGACGGAGGAGCGCGGGCCCCGCCCCCGGCCGCCUCUGAUUCGUCAGGCCAGCUGGAGCGGCCUCAGCGAGAGCUCCAGUCACGAAUCUCUGACGGGCUCGUUGGCCAAGAGCAGCAGCCUCAGCAGCAUCAAGACGCCCGCGCAACCGGCGAACGCCAGCAACAGGAAGUUGGGCCACCAAGACCGCGUGUCCACGAAGCCCCCCUUGGCUCCGCCCCCGAGCGGCGUCCCGGUGCGUCGCAGUGACGUCUGCUUGUCCAGCUUCUACGCGGACGACAACGAAGACGAGUACGACGGCGGAUGCGAGGCGGCGGCGGCGGCCUGGUCGGGGAGAGCGACGGGCGCGGGCGCGGCGCCGGUGGACGAGAAUGACAACAAAGUGUCGCCGCCCGGCCGAGGCCUGGCGGGCAGGCUGCAGCGGCUCCUGACGCCCACGCGGCACCGGGCGGGCGCGCGGCGCGCGGCCAGCGUGGACGAGCGGCGGGCCGGCGCGGGAGGACGAGGGUCCGCCGGAGCUUCGGGCCGCCGGGUGUCCGAGCAGCGGCGGUCCGGGAAGUCUCAGGUGGCGGAAACGCUGCCGGGCAAAGAACGCCUCGCCAACGCCAACUCGGAGAGCUCGCUGUCGCCGAGCAGCGACGCGGACUCGGCGGACGCGCCCCGACCGUCGCGCGACUCCUGGGACGCCGGCCGAGACGCGGCGGGAAUCGAGGUUUUGAUGUCGAGCUGCUCGCGGUGCCGCGCGUGCGGCUUCCUGGUGUACGACGAGGAAAUCAUGGCCGGGUGGACGCCCGACGACUCCGACCUCAACUCCCGCUGCCCCUUUUGCGCCGCCCCCUUCGUCCCCUUCCUCAACGCCCACAUCCGCGACCUCCGGCCCCCCGGCAGCGACACCGAGGGCGAGACGGCCGCCGGGCCUCCCGACGGAGGGCGGGCCGCGCCGCCGCCGUGCAACGGCGACGACUCCGCCUCCGACAGCGCCGCGGCUGCGGUGGCGGUGGCGUACGUGAGUCCGCUGGUGCUGCGGAAGGAGCUGGAAAGUCUUCUGGACCACGAGGGCGAGGCGGUGCUGGGGCAGCCGCAGUUCCUGGAGAGCCACUGCAUCAUCUUCUGGAACCUUCUGUGGUUCUUCCGGCGACUCGGCCUGCCCAGCCACCUGCUGCAGCUGCUGCCCCUCCUCGCCGAGUCCGCGCAGUGGGACUGCGUGAGGGUGAGGCUCCUGUGGGACACCCUGACCCCGGACCCCGACUCUUGGCCCCCCCUCUACGUCCUGUGGCGUCUUCACAGCGGCGUGCCCGUGCCAAGAUUCCGCCGGCGCCGCCACAACCACCCGUUCACGCUGUCCUUCCUGGAGGAGGUCCUGCGCUGCGUGGGCAUGAACGAGGUCCACAAGGCCGUCACGCUCUUCCUCGACACCGUCCGCAAGACGCAGCACGCAUCCGCGCCGCCGCUACGCAGGAGCGUGUACAGAGAGUUCCUGUUCCUGACACUGGCGGCCAUGGGCAACGAUCACGCCGCGGCCUUCGACAAGAAGUACAAGGCGGCGUACUCGCGCCUCAGCGGCGUCGUGGGCAAAGAAGAGCUGCGCAGGAAUCGGGCGCAGCCGCCCGGCGCCAAGGCGCUCGAUUGCAGGCGCUGCUUCCGGCCGUCGCUCCAGUGCUGACCGCUCGCCGGCGCGUCCCGCUUCCUCCUCUCCGCCGGCGGACGCCGGCCCUCCGCGCCCACAGCUCCGCCCUCCGACGUGGGGCGGCCG